UUUGCCUCGCCGUCCCCCGCUAUAAAGCCACGGACGGCCUCGGCUUCCACUAACUUUUGCUUCGCCGUGGAAGGGAUCGUCGUAGCUGGCUUAGCUUGCUGCUUUGCUUCCAAGUGUUGCUGCUGGUGGUGCUGUGGUAGUGUGGUAGUGUGGUGUGAGGUGUGAUGGAGCUGCAGGGGCUGGGGAGGUACUGGGGCGUGGGCGGCAGGAGGUGCGGGUCGUGCCGGGGGUCGCCGGCGGCGGUGCACUGCCGGACGUGCGAUGGGGGCAGUGGGGACGGGGCGUACCUGUGCGCGGGCUGUGGCGAGGGGCACGCGCGGGCGGGGCACGAGAGGGUGUGGGUCUGCGAGGUGUGCGAGCUCGCGCCGGCCGCGGUCACCUGCAAGGCCGACGCCGCCGCGCUCUGCGCCGCCUGCGACGCCGACAUCCACCACGCCAACCCGCUCGCGCGCCGCCACGAGCGCGUCCCCGUGCAGCCCAUCGGGUCCUCGUCACCCGAGGGGCAGGAGCAGGAGCAGGAUGCGUUCGUGAUGUCGUUCGGCGGCUCGGUCGACGGGGAGAAGCAGCAGAACCCCGUGGUGAACCUGAACGACGCUCUGGAGGCCGGCGCCGGCGGGAAGGAGAACGUGAAGCUGGACUUCCUGUUCGCGGACAUGAUGGACCCUUUCUUCGGCUCCGAGCUCCCGCGCUUCCCGCACGCCGACAGCGUUGUCCCCAGCGGCGGCGCGGUGGAGCUGGACUUCGGUGGCGUCGCCGCCCCCGUCGUCGUCUCCAACCCGUCCUACAGCUCCUACACGGCGGCGUCGCUCGGUGGAAGUCAGGGCUCGUCGUCGGAGGUCGGCUUGGUGCCGGACGCGAUCUGUGGCCGAGGCGGCGGCAUCAUCGAGCUGGACUUCGCACAGUCCAAGGCCGCGUACCUGCCCUACACCCCCACACCAAGCCACAGUACCGUCUCCUCGGUGGAUGUUGGGUCGGUGCCGGAGCGGAGCGACAGCGCCGUCGCGGCGGCGACGCCGGCGACGGGGGAGGGGAGGGAGGCGCGUCUGAUGCGGUACCGCGAGAAGCGCAAGAACCGGCGGUUCGAGAAGACCAUCCGGUACGCGUCCCGGAAGGCCUACGCCGAGAGCAGGCCGCGCGUCAAGGGCCGCUUCGCCAAGCGCGCCGACGACGCGGACACCGACGCCGUCGCGGCGGCCACGAUCACCACGCCGGGGCCAUGCGUGCUCGACUUCGGCAGCUACGGCGUCGUGCCCACCUUCUGAGGCGGCGCCUGAUUUGGUGUCCAUUUCCUCCGGCGAGCGUGCCGGCUGGGUGCCUAAUUAAAUCCGGCACCGCCAUGGCCGGCACGAGCGCGCCGACGUGCAUGCGUCGUGUUCCCUCUUGUAUAAUUGCAUGUAAUGUUUUUCGAGCUGGCUGAUCGCUGGCUGGCGUGUAGUAUACUGUAAUCAACAUGCACGCACGCACGCACGCAUGUUUUGCUAGAACUAGAAUAAUACAGAUAGUUCUAGUUGACUAGUCUACUACCCUGUACCCUUUCCCUGGGCUAGCUUGAUGCCAAAUUAGGCUAGGGCAAUGUAACGUGUUUGCUGGAACAGCUUAGUUCUAGUUUUGGAUCCACAGGAUACUUAUCUCCAAAA